AUGGUGGAACAACAACGUACUUCUAACUAUUUUUCACCUAUUCGCCCAAGACGAAAGUGGACUCCAAACGAGACUGCAGACUUAAUUGACGGAUGCUAUACUCAUGGUGUUGGAGACUGGAACGCGAUUUUCCUUGACCCCAAAUAUAAGUUUCAAGACCGGCGUCCCGUAGACUUGAGAGACAAGCAAGAAUACGCGCGGUUAUAUAACACACAACCGCGUUCACAAUCAAGAUAUGCAAACCCUCCACCAUUCGAACUUUGCGCACCAAACCGAAGAAAACAGUAUUUUACCUCCGAAGAAGAUACGAAACUUCUGCGUGGGAUCGAAACAUACGGUCGAGGUUGGUCCUUGAUGAUUAAGGAUGAGAGUAUUGGGCUGGCACAUAGAAGUGCCAUUGAUCUUAAGGAUAGGUGUAGGACCGCCUUCCCUGAGAAAUAUAAGGAUUUCGGAUUCAAGGAACGGGAUAAAUCUAUACAUUCACAGAAUUUUGGUUCUUCAUCGUCUCUAAGAACUUCAUCGUCUCUAAAAACUUCGUCGUCCAGAAGAACUUCGUCGAUACGACGUAAUGUUCCGCAACGGCUAUAA